AACGAAAAAUUUUCAUCAUUCUUAUUUGCCACCAGCAAAUAGAAAACUAAGUAAAUUAAAUUGAUCUUAUUGGUAAAUUAUUGUUGCUGAACAAUAAACAAACAGAUAACAUGGGUGAUAAUGAACAAAAAGCUUUACAAUUAAUGGCAGAUGCCGAAAAGAAAUUAUCUCAACAGAAGGGCAUUUUCAGUUCUCUAUUCGGAAAUUCGAAUAAAGUCGAAGAGGCCAUAGAAUGUUAUCAGCGGGCUGGUAAUAUGUUUAAAAUGUCCAAAAAUUGGACUAAGGCGGGUGAGUGUUUCUGCGAAGCAGCCAGUCUGCACCAAAGGGCAGGCAGUCGUCAUGAUGCUGGCACUAAUUUUGUGGAUGCCUCGAAUUGUUACAAAAAAGUCGAUAUAGAUACGGCCGCUUCAUGCCUGUUAAAAUCAAUAGACAUCUACACUGAUAUGGGUCGCUUCACUACGGCUGCCAAGCAUCAUCAGAGUAUUGCUGAAAUGUAUGAGGCCGAUCCUAAUACGCUGCCCAAAGCCAUACAGCACUAUGAGCAGGCGGCCGAUUAUUUCAAGGGCGAGGAGUCGCUGUCCUCCGCCAAUAAGUGUAUGCUUAAAGUGGCUCAGUAUGCUGCACAAUUGGAGGACUAUGAUAAGGCCGUUAAUAUCUAUGAGCAAGUGGCCACCUCCUCGUUGGAAUCAUCGUUGCUUAAGCAUUGUGCUAAGGAAUAUUUCUUUAGAGCUGCCUUGUGUCAUCUAAGUGUCGAUAUUUUGAACUGUGAACAUGCUUUGGAAAAGUAUGUCAACCAGUAUCCAGCAUUCCAGGAUUCCCGAGAAUACAAAUUAGUAAAGACCCUGUGUGAACUGUUGGAGGAACAGAACAUUGAAGGCUUUACCGAAGCUGUUAAAAACUAUGAUAGCAUUUCUCGCUUGGAUCAGUGGUACACCACCAUACUAUUGAGAAUUAAAAAAGCCAACGAUGAGGAUCCCGAUUUACGUUAAAUUAUCUUCUCUUAUAUUUAAAAGUCCGAGAAAUACAAGUUUCUCCACUGCUUGACAACAAACAACAAGCAAAUUAUAUCCUUUUAAGAAUUCCCUCUAUAUCUCUUUAACAAACACAUACAUUAACUAACUAACAAACAAAACAAAAAUAUUAGCAAGUAAUUGAAAAAUUGUUUUUUGUCUUUUAAAUAAAAAAAAGAAAAAUUAUUCGAUAUUAUUAUAUAAACAUAAAAUAUAACUUAAUAAAAUAAACUAAAAAACCAAAAAAAAAAUAAAUUAAAGGAAAAAAACCUAAUAUAAAUUAUAUAAAUGUAUUUAUAUGUAAUUAAUCUUAAUUCUUCAUAUGUUUAUCAUUAAAAUGAAAAAGUAUGUACUUACUUACCUAAGAGUGAACGAAUUAUUCCAAGAAAAAAACACAACAAAUUUAAGUAAAUCAAUGAUGGUUAAUUUAAAUAAAGAAUGCUUUAGACGCUACUAAGCUUUUGAUGGGCGUUUUCCUUA